UUUAGUCGUGCCGCGAGCAACUUAAUCGUUGUGUUACAUCGUACUACUUCAACUCGGUCGUCCACGUGUCUCCUCUAAUAGUACUCGAAUGUGAAAUAAAUCACUCGAUAAAUGAUCAUCACCACAAGCAAGUCGAUAAGAAAGUCGACACUUUAAUUGGCACAAAUAUGUAUGACAUGAUUUCUCUUCUUGUUGCUUCUUCAGUUGAUUGAUUCCUUUAUAAAUUCAACAAGUUUGUGAAUUAGUGCUGGAUUGAUGAUCCUAAUCAUAACAUAUCCCCUUAAGAUAUUUAUCAAUGGACUUCAUUCUAUCCAAGUGAUCAUUUUAACAUCAAGUGAUUAAUUGAAAGCCACAACAAAAUCAUGUGUCGGAAUAUCAAUCAUCAUCAUACUUAUUUGUAAAAUGUUGUGGACGUUGAAAAAUACUAAUCGUACGGUGUUAUUUAGAAGCCAAACAAAACAAUCAACCAAACAUUACAAUCAUAACAAUCAGUGUCUAAUGCCCCUGGCAAUAUUAUCGCUACUGUUGCUCCACCUUGGAGCUUUUUGUCAAGGCACUAUUGGCUUAAUUGUCAAUUCCACUGAGUCCUACGGCAACUUUAUGGUGACUCGAAUUUUACCAGACGGCGAGAUACAAAGGAUUAUCAGGUGGCGGGGAAUUUGUGCUAAGGAAACAAUAGUUGACUGGGGAGACACGAGUGUGGCAUUGAGAGAGGUCGAAAUACGCGGUAAGAAGCUGCAGUUGAUUUACGAGGGAGAUAGUUUAACAGACUGCGUAGAUGAAAGAUCGAUCGACCAAGACAUUUGUCGUUAUCAUGAUCAAAUCUGGUCCAUUGAUAUUAAGGAGAAGUUUCAAGUUUUUGAUGAUCAUGAUGUAACUACUCUACCAUCGGAAAUCUGGUGGCUUCAAUCAACUGGAGAACUUGGUAGGAAAUGUCAUCGUGUCAAGUCUCAAACAAGAAAUCAAGUUUUGAGACAACGUCUAGCACACAGACGAGUAGAACGAGGUCUCCAAAAUAUGUUCAUUGCCCCAGGAACCAAGUGGUGUGGUCCACAUCAAAUAGCAUCAUCCUACAAACAGCUUGGAGCUUUGGACAGUCUUGAUAGAUGCUGUCGAAGACAUGAUCAUUGCUGCCGAUCAAUUCCACCUUUUUCUGAACGAUACAACUUCUGGAAUUACAUGCCUUUCACUCUUAGUCAUUGUGGAUGUGAUCAAAGGCUGUAUGAGAACGUGACGAAUACUUUAAAGAGCAAACGAAGAGGAAGACGUAGAAGACGUACUAGACGAGAACUUUUGCUUAUACCUGGAACUCAAUGGUGUGGUAGAGGAAAUCGUGCCACAAAAUAUACUAAUCUUGGUGGCUUCGGUAAAGCUGAUGCCUGCUGUCGAAGACAUGACACCGCGUGUCCUUUUUAUAUUCCUGCUUUUGAGACCCGUUAUGGCCUCUUCAAUUGGGGCAUAUCCACGCUCAUGCAUUGCACUUGCGACGAGCGCUUUAGAACCUGUUUAAAAAUGGCAGGUACAUCAGCUGCAAAUUUUAUCGGAAGGAUUUUUUUUAAUGUCGUUCAAACAAAAUGUUUUGUCUUGAAGCCCCAAAAAGUUUGCACCAAGUCUACAUGGUGGGGGAAAUGUGAGAAACAUGAGUAUAAAAAACAGGCUCAUCUUCGAAACAAUAUUGCUUAUUAAUUAUAUAUAAUUUGAUUGUGAAAUAUUUAUCAACAAGUUUCAAUAAUAAUUAAUGAAAGACAUGGUAUUACUUUCGUUCAGAGAAUUCCAAUAAAAAAAGAAUUUAAAAAGUCAAUUCUGAGAUUUUUAAAAGUAAUUUUAAUGAAAAAAUGGUCAAGUUUACUUACAAGAUAAUGUAAUGAUUGCAGUUAUUUAUCUCUAAUCAUAGAGAAACUUUACUUUGAAUAACUGCAAAAUGGGAACAAACUAUCAGAUGAAAUUGGUUAUUCCUAAAAAUAAACAGAAUGUACGAUACUUUCAAAUGCCCACUAGUUUGCAUUUCUAACAUAUUUAAAUCGAACGAAAAUGGCAACUAAUUUAUACCUUGUUUCAAGUAAACUUGUAGACAUAUUUAUCGUGAAUACUUUUUCGAGUUUUAAUUGUCUUAAAAACUGACAAUUUAUAUUUGUGUUUACGUCAAGAAUUUUUUUUAUCAUUACUAUUAUCAUAAGAUCAUCUAAUAUAUUUAUUUAAAUAAACAUAAAUAUUUUUUUAACAAAGAUUUUUAAAAUGAAAAAAUUGAUUUUUUCACUGUAUCAAAUUGCUCACGUUAUUUGGAAGAUUAAUAUAUACUAGUAGAAAGGACUCAGGGAUGUUGUACAUCUUUGUCGCACAAAUGAAAGAGCAAUUCGCAAUUCAAUAUUGAAUGACAAUACAAUACCAAUCUAUAAUACUCAUUAAAUUAAUUAUUCAUAAAUAUUUGGUAUUCUUAAAACUGAGCUGUAUAAGAACAAUUAUAAUGUUCUUCAUAGACAUAUCGUUUUUUUUUUAACAAAUCUUAUAAUAGGAUUAAGAUAUAAUUAAAAGAAGUCAAUAUAAAUAGAAUAGAGAAUAUUUUGUAGCAAGUCAUGAUGAAGCAAAGCAGUCUUUUAGAAAAUGUAAAUAAGAAACGAAAAUAAAUUCAGUCAUUUUUUGCAUCUUUCAUGCAGUAAAGCUUCAAAUGAUUAGUUAUGAAAUAAUUUUGUCGAUUAAUUUAAAUAAUUAUAAUGAUAUAAUUAUUUAACUGAACAAAGCUUUGCUGAUUUUUACACAUAUUUGUAAAAUAAUUAUUGUUAUACUAACGAAUGAACAAUAAAGAUGAAUCAAAUAGACUAACGAUUAAACGAAACAUAGAAAUAAAAUAUUGUCAUAAUACUCAAGUUAGAUAUAUUAAGUAAAUAGAAUGUAACAUAUUUUUUAUCAAGCUAUAAAGAGAGAAGAAUAUUGAGAGUAUAAAUAUAUGUAUAAAUAAGAAAUAGUAAACAAAUUAUUUGCAUUCCUGCUGAUAUAGAAAAUAAAAUGACUAGAUUUAAAAUCAAUUUCUUGUAAUAAAAUCUCAAAAAUCUAUUUAUUAUGACAUUGAAUAAUAAUACUAAUAAUAGGGAUUAAACGAAAAGUUGAGGAAUACGUUUAAUAUAUAAUUAACUUUAUAUGUACCACAUUUAAUUGUAUGUGGUAUUUAUUUGUGUAUCAUUAAAAAUUAAAAAUAAUUUAAGAUAAUAAACAAAUUGUCUACGUUACCAAAGCAACUAUUUGAUGAUGAAUACUCUUCGAAAAGAUUGUGUUGUUGCAAUCCUAUUUAUUUUCCAACUUUUGGUUAUUCGCAAUUCAAAAUUUUCUUUAAAGUUCAGAUUAAAUUAACUUGAAUAUUUACUAAUGCCUUUGAAAUAAAAUUUUACUUAUACGAACGAAUAAUGUUUUCAAUAAAAUAGCAAUAAACUGUUGUUCACAUGCAUCAUUUGCAAUGGAGUUUACGGACUAUUUUUGAAUCACAACAAGUUAUAAACCGACUGUUUAUCAACUUCAACUGUGAAUU